AUGGCCCCGAAGAAGGAAGAGCCCAAGGACCAAGUGGGCACAAGGACAGGACUUCGCCGCUACAAGUGGGAAUUCAAAAGCAGCAAUAAAGAGUUCUGGCUCAUGGGACACGCAGAGGUCAAGCUCAUCAGCGUGGGCUGCCUGUUUGGGGCAAUGGCAUACUUCAACGCAACCCCCGUGCACCCAGCCUUGACUCUCCUCAUUACUAUGGAGUUGUUCAUCUUUUUCUUCUUCUUUCUCAUCAACACCCUUGCCAUCCAAAGAUACCUGUCCUUCAUCAUGUGGCCCGUUUCUGACCUCAUCAACGACCUGUGCUGCUUCGGGUUCCUUGUGGGAGGCAUAGUAUUUGCUGUGAACAGUCGAGAAAUAAUGCCAUUGGAGUACAUCAUUGCUUUGGGCCUUAUGGGUGUGGCAGCAUUUUUUGCUAUUGUUGAUAUCUGUCUUCAAAGAAAACACUUCAGCAAGAAGGGCCCGCCGAUAGUUCCUCCAGAACCAAAGAAAUGA